AUGGAGCUUCUUUAUGCCAUCUUUCUUGGAGCAGGAAGAGUUAUAGCACUUGCUUUUUUCUUGUUGCUCUCCUGGGCAAUUUAUAAUGAUUUCUCCAAGGCUAAUAUUCCUUCUGGAUUGGACCAUCCAUUAAAGCUUCGGGUUAUUCACUGGGGAUUCAUUAUGAUGUUCACUUUGGGGAAGAUUCUUGAAGUGCUGGGACUCUGCAGGCAGGUUAUUGUCAUCCGCUUCCUAUUAGAUCUCCGGAGGCCAGCCCUGGAUCCCAGCCUCUCUUCCAAAGACCUGCAUUUCGAUGGGGUGCCAGUCAGGGUUUACCAGCCCAAAGCGCCAUCUGCUGGGCUAAGAAGAGGGUUCGUUUUCUUCCAUGGAGGAGCUGGAAUGUUUGGAAGCAUCUCUUUAUAUCAAGAUGUUUGCAAUAAGAUUGCCAAGGACAGUGAUUCAGUACUUGUCUCUGUUGGCUAUCACCUGGCUCCUGAGCACCCCUACCCCACGCAGUGGGAGGAUUGCUUCACUGCUACUGUGUACUUUCUGCAACAUGCAGAGCUCUACGGAGUGGAUCCUUCUCAGAUCGUCAUAGGUGGGGACAGCAUUGGAGGCAAUAUCGCUAAUAUCGUUGCCCAAAAUCUGGUGGAGAGAUCAGACCUCCCAAAACUACGGGCUCAAGUGCUGAUUUAUGCUGGCUUACAAGCUAUGGACUUCAACCUACCUUCCUAUCAGCAAAACGGCCAAAUACCUCUUUUGUUCCGGGAGAGUCUCAUUGAGUAUGGUCAGCAGUAUUAUGUGAAGGACCCUUCUCUGAAAAAUGAUAUCUUGAAGGGAUCUCAUGUGCCAGAUGAAAUGAGGCUCAAAUAUGGGAGGUGGAUGAGUCCAGAUAACAUUCCAGAGAAAUUUAAGCGUCGAGGGUAUGAACAAGUACCACUUGCUCCUUAUAACCCGGAUGUGUACAAACAAUGGCCGGAAUUGCUCGAAGUCACUUUCUCUUCACUUUUUGGUGAAGACUCUGUCAUCAAACAGCUCCCGGAGACUUUAAUUGUGAGUUGCGAGUAUGAUGUCUUUCGAGAUGACUCUCUCUUGUUCAAGAAGCGACUGGAAGAGAAUGGUGUGAAAGUCAGCUGGUUCCAUGCUGAAAAAGGGUUUCACGGGGUACUGAACCUCUGUGACUGUAGCAUUAUGACGUUUCCUACUGCAGUAGAAAUCCUGGACAAUGUUGCAAACUUUGUCAAACAUUUAUGA